UGCCCUUGGGAGGAAAGUGAAGUAACACACUGGAGUAAACCAGGGAAAUCAUGUGAAUCCCACAGGGAUGACAAGUGCUUUUGAUGGGCUACACUUGUCAGUUAUGUCAGAUUUGAUGUAUUAGUCACACCACAGUGUGUAUUCACUGAAAAUGUCUCUGUUGUGUUUCUGAAUUAAAACUAAUUCAACAUAAUUAUUUCAUAGUUAUUAAAAAAAUAAUAAUACUAAGUUGAUGGUCUGUAUGGCUUUUACGGUAAAAUACUGCACUUGGUAUUUAAAGUUUUUACAGUCAAAAGGUUAAAAAAAAAAUUGCAUCUAUCUAACCCUACUACUACUUUUUAUAGAAAUAUUAAUAAUAAUAGCAAUAAAACUAACGAUUAAAGUAUUUUAGACUGUUGAUGUUUUUAAGAGGAGGCUCAAAACUCCCCUUUUUAACCAGGCUUUUCAAUAAUUGCCUUUUUAUAUUUCUCUUAUUGCAAAUGUUCAUUUGCCCGCAGAAGAAUUCACACUGAACAUGCACCGUUCCCUCGCAAACCGCUGCAAUGAUAGGAUGCUGCGGGUUUAAUGCACUACUUGUUAUAUUCUGUGUCCUAUUGUAAGCAAGUUGUUGUGGUGGCAAUUAAGCAGUAAAAAAAAAGAAAAAAAGUUUUGUCCAACAAAAAAUGUUGGACAAAAAACAAAAAAUGAUUCCAGAGAGUGUAGUUCAAUGUGUGAUUCGUUCACCAAGUGAUUCAGGCGUCGGUGCAUGUGGUCCCUCGUUCGCCGGCUGCUGGCCUGGCAAUGCUGUUACCUACUCGAGGAAGUGAUCUGUUCAGUACGUUCACUAAAAAGAUUUGGUUCUUUUGAAGGAAUCGUUCGCGAAGGACACAACACUAAAAAAUAUUAUAAGCAAUUAUUAUUAUAUUAUAUUUUCAUGGAUAAUGAAGCCUAAUAAGGUAACCUAAAGAUGAGAACCAAAUUGGAUGAUAGAGAAUUGUGUAAUUCUUUUAUUAAUUGUGAAUUUAGUGUAAUUUACAGAUGAUGUAAGACAUGGGUCAAAACUGACCCUUCACAUGAUGAGAGUGUAGUAAAAGCUAGCACAAGAGGAAGGUUCACAAUAUAUCUUAAAUUCUCACAUUGUGUGUGCUUGUGUGUCUAUGUGUGGGUGUGUGUGAGGCACUUUGAACUACAUCUUUUUACUGAAAAGUGCCACACAAAUAAAAGUUAAAUUUGAAUUUUAUUUUCAGCUGUUUUAUUACAGUAGGUAUUUUUUAGUGUUCAGAUUAGACAUGGGUCUCUGUUUCGAGACCAUGACUGAUAAUCUAAAUUCAGCUGAACAUGACAAUGACAUAACUGUAGAGAAAAAAAAAAACUCGGACUUGCCUGAAUGUGGAAAAAGUGACACUGAUUAAAUCUAAUACCCGAGCGAUGACAUCACUCCGCUUCACCGAGAGGCUGCUCCCUGAUUGGACAGCGGCUCCGGCCAAUCAGAGCGCACACACAUGGGAAGAGUUUAAAAAAGAUUCAGACUAGUGUUGGGAGGCUGUCUGAAAACCCAACUAUCAGCUCUGAGUGCGACUGAGACUAGUUGACAGAAAUUCACCCGCGGACUUGCCGGGAACCUUUAUUGUAUUUCCCCCCUGCCUCGAGCUGUAAUCUCCUUCUCCUUCUUUAAAGCCCUCCUCAGCACCUCUGCAAACUGACUCAACAGCAGGAUGUCAACGCAUUUCAGGAGCGGCCCGGCCUUCGGACUGUCUGCCGAGGUCAAAAGUAAGGUAUGUUGACAAAUGCAUGAUGUUUGAGGUGAAUCUGUAGCUGCAGUAUUGAUUCCUUACGGGAGGUCAAGGGUCACAGCAGGAUAGCUAGCGUCCUGUCAUGUGCUGUAAACACACCCACUUGGUCCUCUGGGAAUAUUUUAACUACUUUAUAAUCAAAACAAAUAACUUCCUUUGAACGGGAUCCUUUUUAGUUGGUGCCACAGUCAACAGUUGUUGAAAUGUUACAUAUAUUUCCUUUUAUGGAUAAAGUUUGGGGUCUUGCUGGGAAGAAAAAAAAACUUGGUCAUGCUGGUUGGUACCUGAAUAAAGUUGAAAUUGAGUCUGUCUGAUGCCAAAUUUCAGUACUACUGCAUAUACUGUGUUUGUCUUUGUAGAUUUCAUGCAGUUUAAAAUGUUAAAGGAUGAAGGAAUGAACAAAAAUCGCUCAAUAAACAUUUAUUUAUAGUAAUGAUGUAUUUCUUUUGCUCAUGUAAAAUUAAAAUGACUAAUACCUGAUUCACUUAAAUCUAAAACAGAUGUUUUUUGUAAAUAUCAACUCAUUCUAACUUUAAUGAUGUCCAACAAUACAGAAGUCGUGAUUCAGAAUUGAUGUCAAUAAGAGUCACAAGUGAUUUCGAAGGUUUAGAUCAGUGAAAAAAAUUAACUUUGAGAAAUACUUUUCCUGUUUUUAUUGUCUUUGUUAGUUUUGGUUAAUUAAAAUUUAGGACAUAAUGAUCUGUGAACUAUUUUCAGUGUUGGCAGGAGUCGAGUUGGCCCUCACCUACUUGAUAUUCCACUAUAAAUAUUUGGAUGAUUAGUUCAUCUGCAGAAAUAACCUCCAGUGAAGAGCUAUAGGGUCCUACUGUAAUGCUACUUUUACUAUUAAUAGAUUGAGUACAUUAAAGUACAGAUGCAUAAAAAAGUCACUGUACACAGCGACAUUUCACAGCAUGGUGCAAGACAGUGAUUAGUGAACCAAGUGAUUUGUUGUGACUUGGUAUUUCCAAGCAUUUAGGUUGUCACCGUCCUGUUAGGAUGUGUUGUUACAGUAGUUGUGAAAAGAGUUUAGGCCAUGGUUUUUUCCCCUCUUUUCUCAUGACAGUAGUGACAGUGUGUAGUGGGAUGAGUCAGAGCUGCUGACAGUCAGAAAGGUCAGGCUGUGAUUGUUCCCAGAUCAUCAUCAUCAUCAUCAUCAUCAUGGUCCUAGAGGGAUGCUGCUUCUGAUCUCACACUGAGGUGCACUGCAGUCCAUGACACCUACAUUCCUGCCAUUGCUACCACUCAGCAGUCAGCUGGAGCUCUACUAAAGGUUGAAGUGAUCAGUGUAGUCAGGCUGUUAUUUUUCUGCCAUUCCUGGAGCUUUUCAUUGUCGAUUAUGUAUACAAGAGCAGCGUAUAUUUCCUGUGGAGUAAAAAUAAGAUUUUUCAUUUGAGCCAAAGGGCUUCGUGGUUAUGUUCCAGCAGCAGAGAUGCAGCUCAUAGACUGACAGGUAUGAGAGCAUUGUCCAAUGGCCUUUUAAGGGGGGAGCAGGCUCUGAGUUAGAAUUUGAGAAAGUGUCCUCGCUCUAAACAGUUUACAUCAGAGUCACAGAGGAUAAAACAGAGUCCUGAGGGAACACAGGUGGAGGGGAAGAUGGAUGGCGCAGACAAAGCCGAGCCUGCAGCUCACAUAGUAGUUGUACGUCAUCCUCAAUGAAGACACUUAAAAAAGUUUUCUUUGUUUUAGUACGAAACAAUUCUGGCAAUCAAUCAAUUUUUAUUGAUUAUGGACCACAAUGCUCGAUAGGAAACUGAGAUGACAUGUAAUGACAUUGCCACUCUUAGUCUGGUCUGACAUGUAGAUUACACAACUGUUUCUGUCUAACAUUUAAUGAUUUUACUUGGUCAGUUGAAGCUUGACUUCUCCACUUAUGCUGCUGUCACACUCUGUUAGCUCUAUCCUGAGACUGUUGCUAGAUUUCAGCCAGUUUCUUUGGGUGGUGGUGGAGGGUGGGUGUUCCCAGGAGACAGGACAUGAUGUAAAGAGGACACUUAGUAGACAAAACUGUGCAAUGUUUAAAUAUCUGCAAGAUGAGACAGAGCAGACUACAACACUGUGAUGACUGAUUUUUCCUCUUUAUUAAUAGAACGUGUAAUUGGACAUAUUGACAGUUUCUCUGAAUUAAAACAAACUGGGAAGCAGAAAAGUGGUUCAGUCACAUGUGCCCACUCGCUCAGGGUUAAUUUUCCUGACUUCCUGAUGAGCAGAAAUAGAGUACAUAAUCAAUGAUUCAUAGACUAAGUAAACAAAAUAAACAGGUUUAUGACAAAAGGUUUUCCUUAAAUGGAAACAGCCCUUUUAAAAAUAACUCAAACUUUUUAUAUUGAUGGUUUUCUUUUAACUGGAGGCCAAAGUAGGUGAAAUAAUUCAAUGUUUUAGCCUAACACUAAGCUGUGAUCAUUUAGAAAAGGCCAAACCAUAAUGGGUUUGUGUCACAAAUAAAGUGUUUUUAUAUUCUUUAUCGUUGCCACUCAGCGAGAUGAAGCUCCAACUUCAUCUGACGUGCUGCUCAUGUUGAUUCAUCAGUAUGAGAAUGAGAUAUCUGACAAGACAUCAGUCAUGGGCUUUCACCAUUUGCAGAUAUCCUGCCAUUUAACGAAAAGUGUCCCCUGAUACUUCUGUUAUGUAACCAUUCAAAGAAGAAAUAACACUAACAUUUCUGUGUUCUAGUAGUAAACUGUGCUAUGAGUCAGCCCACUCAAGAGUUUUUCUACGGUAGUCGUUUCAUGUCCACAAUAACCAGCAGCUGCAGGUGGAUAAUAACAGCUCAUUUUGGCCCAUUAAUUGGAGCUUAUUGACAUUUGAUACCAGUUGUGGACACAGUGACUGUUACAUACCCUAAAUUUUGAUUAAGUACGUACUAAAUUUUUCCUUCAUCGCUGCCCAUUUCACACCGUUUCGAAAAGUCUUACUGACACUUUAACCUUCAUUCUUCAUAAAAGAUCAACUCUUCCUUCACGAGCUCGGUAUAUGAUGAGCUCAGACUGUAGCUCUGAGCUCUGCAGUGAAAAAAAUGAACAUAACUCUUCACCUCUGAGCUUAACUACGUCGACUGAGAGCAGGACCUGCCGAUCUUGGCCUGUCUUUAUCAGACAAGUUUUGCCUGAGUUGUCUACUCGCUGUAAAAGGGCAGAUUCUGGAAAAUCAGAGGAAGAGGGGCAAAGAGAGUAAGUAAGAAAUAUGAGCCAGACCAAUGAAUGAAGGGGAGCAGGGCAGACAGAGGGAGGAGUGUCUUUGAGAGCUGUUUCUCCCAAGUUUGGUGUGAUGGACUGGGAGCUACGCUAUCCCUGCUGCUUUGAAAUACGUGUUUGUAUUGGCUGCUGAUCCUAGACUGUGAAGACUUAUCUGUAGAACAUUCAGGAAAAAGGGUUGGGUGUGUGUGUGUGUGUGUGUAUGUGAGCAGGGGAAGGGGGGAGCAGCCUUAAACCCCAUGCCGGAAUUCAAAGUAUUAGGGGCAAUGUGUUUGUGCCAAUAAGGAAAUACAUGAAGAGAAGAGAGAGGCCAAGUGUAUUUCUGCAUGCAGGAAUGUCAAUGGGCUUUUUUGAUUUCAAAUGCUCUUCCUGUGCUUCUCAUAGCCCUCAUCUAAAUUCUUUUUUUUUAUUGUACAGGAAGACUUUCUAAGACCGAACGGUUAUGAAAAAAAGAAGCAGCGAAUUCAAGGUUAUUGGUGUAACUGAUGACCUCAGUUUAGGCAGGACAGAAUAGGAUCAAAAUAAAGUACAGACGUGUAUAUUGUAUGAAAUAUAGUUUGUAUACUGGUACUUAUUACCUAAAUGGAUGGACUAUGUUUAUAUAUUGCCUAAGGGGGUAAUCCCUUGAGAAUAACAGAGUAAAUGUGUAAAUAUUUUGGCUCACUUUCAGUUCUUCAGUCCAAGUCAGCAUCUUCUUACUGUUACGUGGAGUGUUAUUUUGGCUAUGUAGGUCAGGUGCAUUUGUAUUGCGAAACAAAUAUGGGGGAACAUCAUAUGAAUCCAAGUUAAUAAAUAUUUACUUUGGUUUAAGUCGGGCUUUGUCUUUCAGGAAUAUCAACUUUCCCCUGCAGUCAGAACCAGCUAACAUGUUUCAGUCAGGGGAAUCUACAAAGAUUCAGAGAUGCAAUGGCGGCAGAUGACUGUCUAUCAUGAGUCUGGUUCUGCUCAAGGUUUCUGCCUGUCAAAGGAAGCUUUUCCUCUCUACUGUGAUUUAACUAAUGCUGCACAGUGCAAACUUCUGUGGUUGAAGAUGGGAUGGGAGUGGGGCUCAAUCUUACCCCAACUUCAUGUUGGUUCUUGUAAAUAGAGUUAUGUCUAGACUAUCUUUUUGUCAAGUGUCUUGGAAUAAUACUUGUGAAUUUGCGCUAAAUAAAUAAAGAUUGAUUGAUUGUGAGGAGGUUAAAGCUGGUUUUGGUACAGACAGACAUUAAAAUGCUUAGUCUCAUGACCAAAAUUAGCAAACACAACCAUCUGUUAAUCAAAACAGUAUCACUCCUUGAACUUAUUUUAGGCUAUGUUCACACUGCAGGUCAAUUCCGAUUUUUUAACCAUAUGUGACACAUAUCUGAUUUUUUCAUGUAAGUGCGAACAGUGCAAAUCUGAUUUUUACAAAUCCGACCCAGGCCUCUUUUGUAUGUGGAUAUAAAUCCGAUAUGUAUCCGAUGUGACUGCAGUGUGGACGCUCAGGUCGCGUUCAUCCGACCUAUACGUCAUCAAUAUGCGACAAACGUCACCAUUGUUCGACAACACAAACAGGCGCGGGAAGCAAUUGUGCUUUGUGCGCAUGCGGGUCACUUCAUGGACGCAUCCCGUUCACAUUAGAUGCCGCAUUCGUUGUUGUAAUGUGAACCACCACACAAAAAGAUCAGAUUUAACAAAAAAAUCUGGAUUGUGCAUCAUAACCUGCAGUAUGAACGUAGCCUUAGUUGCCUUGAUUACCUUUUUUGACAUUUGGAAGAGUUACCUCUCAAAUUACUGUUUCAGUUUGUUCUCACUAUCAAAGUUUGUCACUCUGAAGAUUUAUUUUCCUAUCAACCAUAAAUUUCCUCAAUAAACCUGACUUGGUCAUUUCACUUUGAUCAGCUAAAGAAAGAGUACAUUGACCUCUCUGACCCCUCAUCAGCUUGCAGGGAAGUACGAUCCCCAGAAAGAAGAAGAGCUCAGGCUGUGGAUCGAGGACGUGACCGGGAAAAGGAUCGGGGACAGGUUCAUGGAGAGUCUGAAGGAUGGAGUAGUGUUGUGCGAGUGAGUGGAUCAACACUGAGAGGAAUUUUGUAUCAACAUUUUUUUUUUAUAUCCUUGCUAAAAAAUAAAACGAAAACUCUUGAAUUUCUUGUCUGUUUCCUUGUAGACUUAUUAAUGUUCUCCAGCCUGGCUCUGUGAGAAAGAUCAAUAACUCCACUCAAAACUGGCACCAGGUAAUGAGGCAGCUUUGUCCUGCUGGCUAAUUCCUAGAGCAUGUUAAACUUCGCAUGUCUGUUUUGUAAUUGACACCACAGAGCUGAUUUACAGUCUAUAAAAUAGCUGCUGUAUUGAUAUUGUUCCUUUCUGUCUACUUCUCCCCUCAGCUGGAAAACAUCGGUAAUUUUGUUCGUGCCAUCACAGAGUACGGCCUGAAGCCACAUGACAUCUUCGAGGCCAAUGAUCUGUUUGAGAACGUCAACCACACUCAAGUCCAGUCCACACUCAUUGCCCUGGCUGGGAUGGUAAGCGGACAAAUAAAAAUACCACAAGCACCAACAAUGAUGUUGAUCACUUUACUAUGUUUAUAAAUCACAUGUUGCAGCCAUAAGCUCAACUACUCAAGUUCUCUAAACUGCCACCACAUUUGGCAACUCAAGUAUUUUGUUUAAAAUAAAGGGUUCGGGUAUGAAAGAGACUCUUUUACCAUCAUAUUACCGUCAUUUUUCCUUCCCUCCCCUCAGGCCAAGUCCAAAGGAUUCCACUCCAAGUACGAUUUAGGCGUGAAGUACGCUGAGAAACAGCAGCGCCGCUUUGCUCCAGAGAAGCUCAGGGAAGGACGUAACAUCAUAGGCCUUCAGGUCAGACUGCACAAAUACAAUCCUCUUUCACCCACUACUUACUUUACAACUUUGCUAUCAUUAGGAAGAUAUACUUCAUGAUAAAAACAAAAUCAGAUAAACGGUUUCCUCUUGAACUUGUAUCUAUGAUGUAAACUUUUCUUAUUUUUAUCCACUCUAUCUUUAGAUGGGCACGAAUAAGCUUGCCAGCCAAAAAGGCAUGACCUCCUACGGCACACGACGGCAUUUGUAUGAUGCCAAGACCGCCACGGAUACCCCACCAGACCAGUCUACUAUCAGCCUACAAAUGGGCACCAACAAGGGAGCCAGCCAGGUGAGGGGGUACUUCUCUUUCAGAACCAUCCACAAACUGGAUAAAACUACAGAUCUCGAGAUGCAUCACACGUUUUUAUAAAUGAAGUCCCUCGGCUAACCUGGGCUUUCUCAUAGGGCCAUUUUAUUGUUGCCUCUAAAGGUCCUUACACGCUGGGACCGACGCAAAUAUCGGAUGCGAAAUUACGAAAUAGUCUGAGGUGAAUUUUGACGCGCCUGACUAUACACAUCAAGCCCAAUGUGAUUUUGAGACUUUUGCGAGAAGACUGACACAACGGCAGACUGACUGUUUAUCAGUUCUGAUUAGACACUAGUGUUGAGAUGUCUGUCAGUCAUGAUAGCAUGUACUGAGUCAGGGCCAGUACCAGAUAAGAACAUUAAACUAUAAUCCAUAAACGUAAGGUAACAACCGAGACCUAAUGGUGCUGUGACACCAAUGCGAUUGAGUUUGAGACAGUGAAAAUACAUAUGGUAUGUUGUAUCUGAACAGGUUAGCUUACAAGCUAAAGUUACUUAGCACAGAUGAAAGUUAAAACAAAGACGUUAAGCAAACUGUUAAAGCACACAAAACAUCCUUCAGGCCGUUAUCUUUGUAAUGUUUGUGUCUUUUAUCAAAAAGCACUCAGUUCUCUGACACGUAAACAAUCAGCCGGAUGGCCAUGUUGGAUAUACCGGUGAAUCUGACGUCACAAGAACACGCAAUCUGAUUGGUCAGAAGUGGACACACAGUAUGCCAAACUUUAGAAAAAUCGACCAUGAUCUGAAAAAAUAAAUGCUGCAAUAUCGCGAGACGGGAAAACGUCGCUGAUGCGAACGCUUGUAUUGACAGGAUACGGGUUCCGGUGUGAAAGGACCUUAAAUGUUAAUGGAAUUUGUUGAUAGCCUUUUCCUUAAUAUAAAUUCAACACAUAAACUGAAGUCAACGUUGUUCGUCACACUCUCAUAACACUUUUAUUCCACUUCCUGUGAUCCAGGCUGGCAUGACAGCUCCAGGAACUAGGAGGCACAUUUUCGACAAGAAGCUGGAGCUGGAGAACUGUGACACCACCACCAUCUCUCUGCAGAUGGGCACCAAUAAAGUGGCCUCCCAGCAGGGCAUGACCACCUACGGCCUGCCUCGCCAGGUCUUUGAUAACAAGUACUGCGCCAACCCCACUGAGACCUACUUUGACAACGGCAGUGAGGUGGAGUUUGAUGGCUACAACCAAUACUCUGACUAAGAAAACACGGAUUGCCUUGAGACAGCCACCCACUCUUCUUUCAACAUGCAAACCUUCCAGACUGUUAUUUAACGCCGACUGAGGUCACUGACAUCUUCUUUCCCCAGUUUUCUCAAAGCGCUAUCACUCCCAAGAAAUGUUUCUUUCCACAAGGACAAGAAAAAAAUGUUUGACGGUGCCUCAGAGAUUUCACGCUGUGGUUGAUUUCUGCAAAGCAUUUUUUUUUUACUAUUCUAGCCGCUAAAAAUAGCUUAACUCUCCAAUAUAGAGUUACUAUGUAUAGCUUUUUCUGUGCCUUGUUCAACAGCAGUGUAACAGAGUUUUGUCACUGUUCAAACCCUAAGCGCCACUUUCCUGCCCUUCCAGUCCAGUUUGAAACAGAAUUUGAAAGUUCCUUAAAUGGAGACAAGAGCAGUUUGGUGAUAUUGAACUUUGGCCCAGUUGGAACAAAGUCCAUGCCAACAUCGAAGCUCCAAAGGCCCUACGAUUUUACAGAAGUUUCUGGUCCUCAGCAAACCUUACAGGACUUCCAGCUUUGUGCAGACAGCGCUUUGUUUUGUGAGCACUCGUGCUGACAAAUGUGUCAUAUUCACAGGCCUGUCCGAUCACUCAUCACUCUACCGGGCUGCUUUACAGCUGCACAGCUCCUAUUUUGGGCGUAGUAUUCAGAAAAAGUAGAUGGAAGCGCUUUUACAAAUCAAAAUGUUGGUGUAAAGUCAACUGGUCUGAAUAUCUGUUUAACUCAGCCCUGUCUUAGUUUAAAUCCUGUGUGAUCCUUUUGGAAAUGUCUAACCUUUCCUUGUCGGUGAAAUUUGCCUUUGUACUGUUGCUUCACUCAACAUGUCUCCCUAUUGUGUGGUAAACAGUGGUGGAAUGUAACCAGGUACAUUUACUCAGAUAUUGUGCUCAGAAAUCUGUGGGUUUUCUUUGCUGUUCAGAAGGUAUUAAGCAUCUCCUGAUCCUGCCCAAUUACUUCAAAUAUAACUGCUUUUAAUAUUUGUCAGUAGUUUAGCUAAUAUUUAAGUGCAACAACGGAAAAGUUAGUCGUUUCUUACUUCAAAUAUAUUCACCACUGGCAAUAUUAGGUUAGACUUGUUCACUGAUAAAUAAUAUAUCAAAUACGAAGGUGAGAUUCUUGUUUUGAAAUGUUGACUUGUGUUGUUAACCCACCAGAAGUCUUGAAUGUAAUGUUAUUGUAGAUAAAAAUGGCCUUAUCAGCUGUACAGGGUUCGUUUUUAAGAGGCAGAAAUAACUAUUAAGAGGGGUCCAGAUGAGUCUCGGGGGCUUGUAGCAGUGCGCCAUCUAGUGAGGACAUCAUGCAUGUACAUUUACUCUUUUGUCAAGCAUCUGAAGUUUUUAUUCUCUUAAAUAUAAAAAUGUAUUUUUGAAAGUUUUUUUUAUUUAUGAUUUUCCCUUUAAUUUACAAAAUGGCUACAAUGAUGAGAAACUGUAUGGUAACAUUUCACCUUGAUGUGUUAGAUUUGUUUUAGCAGUGUUCAAGCUCGACUUCUUGACCCCCCCCUCCCCUCUUCCCCUAUUUGCCUUUUACUAAACAUGACAUUUGUGCAAUAAAACACUUAAAAAACGA